AUGCAUUUGAAGAGCCAUCUACUCGCGGCUUCGCUAGUAGGAGGGGUUCAAUCUUCCUUUUUGCCCUGGAACCAAGCUAGAGGCGACCUUGGGACACGAGCUCCCACCUUCGAUUACGGCAAAGCGAAAGUUCGGGGCGUUAACCUUGGAGGAUGGUUUGUGUUAGAACCUUGGAUUACACCUUCGUUCUUCGAACCCUUCGGAGGAAGUGUGUACAAACCUCUUGCCGCAAGAUUUAAUAAUAAUAAUAAAAAAAGCACAUUCUACUCCCAAGAGGACUUCCAGCAAAUUGCGGCCGCGGGGUUGAACCAUGUCCGGAUUCCCAUCGGGUAUUGGGCAAUUAGACCCCUCCCCGGUGAUCCAUAUGUCCAGGGUCAGCUAAAGCAUCUCAACAACGCUAUCAAUUGGGCUGGAAAUGUCGGCUUGAAGGUCUGGAUCGAUCUUCAUGGGGCACCGGGCUCUCAGAACGGAUUCGAUAAUUCUGGCAAGCGUGACUCUAUCGAGUGGCAACAAGGGGAUAACGUGGCUCAUACGGUUGAGACUAUCAGAGAGCUAGCCCAAAUCUACGCCCGGAGUCAGUAUGGUAAUGCUGUCACUGCAAUCGAGCUCUUGAACGAACCUCUCGGACCCAAUCUUGAUCGCGGGAAGAUAGAGCAGUACUGGAAAGAUGGGUGGGGCGCCGUCCGAGAUUUCAGCGACACUGGUGUGGUUAUCGGAGAUGCAUUUUUCGAUACAAAGUCAUGGAACGGAGUCAUGACCACCGGCUGGGAUCAUGUACUUAUGGAUACUCACCACUACCAAGUAUUUGAUGUCGGUCAGCUUCAGCAAUCGCCCCAGGAUCACGUAAACGCUGCUUGUUCCUUCGGACGAAGCCUCGUAGGUGUUGAUAAAUGGACUGUUGUCGGGGAAUGGUCUGCUGCACGGACGGAUUGCACAAAAUGGCUUAACGGAGUUGGGCGUGGUACCCGUUGGGAAGGGACUUUCUCCGGGGGUCCGAGAAUCGGCGACUGCGGAAAUCGUAUCCAGGGCUCCGCAGCCUCCUAUUCUGCAGAGGAGAAAGCCAACACACGAGCAUUCAUUGAAGCCCAACUCGAUGCAUAUGAGCUCGUGGAUGGAUGGUUCUUCUGGACAUGGAAGUCGCAAGGUUCUCCUGAUUGGGAAUUGAGGGACCUAUUGGCCAAUGGGCUUUUCCCACAACCUAUUACAAGUAGAGAAGGUAUGCUAUUCCUUGCCACCUUCUAA